UGCUGUUGUCUCUGACUGUCUGAUUGAGCCCAGGCUGUGCGGGGGCUCCCUGCGGGAUCAGAGCGCUCCCCCGCCGGGACUCCACUCCUCACAUCCCCCUGCUGGGACUCCGCUCCAUCCCCAGCCCAGCCUGGCUUUAUUAUGUGUGUCUGCAGUGCAGCCCCAGCAGCAGCAGCGAGAGCAGGAGGGGAGAGAGCCGGGACAAAGAGCAGCCAGCCGGACGUGCGGCAUGAGAUAGGGGAGCGGGGAGGCUGCGGCGGGCUUACCGCGGCGCAUGGGGGAAGCUAGCGGUACCGAAGAAGCGAUCAUCGGACACUGAGCGUUCCAUCUCCCCCCUACCGACCGGGGAUACAUAGAUCUACACCGGGCACAUAGGACGAGGAGAGCAUCCUUCCACACACACCGGAGCGUAGUACACAUUACUUUGCUGUUAGCCGGGUACACCAGCAGUAUUAAUCCGAGGGGCCCCACCACAGUAUUAUGCCAAGUAUUACCUACAGCAUCCCGAAUUAAAGGCGCAUCCUUUGUGCCAUAGUGAUCGGCAUUAAAGUCAUCACCAGACCACCGCUUAUAGGACCUCGAUCACCGGUUAUAGUACCCUGAUCACCGGGUAGAGCACCCAGAUCACCGGUACCGCCGCUUAUAGUACCCAGAUCACCGGUACCGCCGCUUAUAGUACCCAGAUCACCGGUUAUAGGACCCUGAUCACCGGUUAGACCACCCAGAUCACCGUUACCGCAGCUUACAGAACCCUGAUCACUAGUCCGCCGGUUUACCAGUACCGCCGAACAAUAGUGCCCCCGGUUAUAGGACCCUUAUUACCAGUACCACCGGGCUUGGCAUCCCGAUCAGCAGUGCCCCCGGUUUCAGCACCCAGAUCACUAGUGCCACCGGACUUAACACCCCCACACACAUUUUUUUGGGGCACACCGAUCGCCAGUACCUGCUGGUUUCAGCACCCCGAUCACCAGUUCCCUCUCGUUUUUAGCUCUCCGAUCGCUUGUCCCACCGGUCACCAGCCCCCCAGUCUUAGCACACCGAUCCCCAGCCCCCCCCCCCCCCUCCGGUAGAGAUCGGGGCUCAGACAUAAGGCAGGCACUAGUCAGUAAAUGGACUAAUUGAAUUAGCACCCCUCCCCCAGGCUCCGGCAUUUAUCCUAAUUUUUUCCUGCAGCGCUGGUGUGACUACCCCUAGGGCUUGGGGUGGGGGGGCACCGGUGCUCCUCCCUCCUCUUCCAUCCCCCCUCUGCACCCAAGGGAGUCCCAAUCCCACACAAUAGGAACUUUAGCACAAUAAGUCAAAGGAAGGGGGAAGAGUUUUUAGCAGGAGGGAUCCGGCCGCAGGGAUCAGCCAGGGGAGCCGAUCACAGACUUGAUCCGAAGUGGGGAGAGCGGUGAGAGAUCGGGGACAUGUCCAGGAGGAAGCAGGCCAAGCCACGAUCGGUGAAAGUGGAGGAUUCCGAUGACUUCAGUUUGAAUUGGGAUGCCUCACUAAACCAAACAGGUGGUCCUGAAACAGAGGCAGAGCGAGAGGGACGAGGUUUGGAAGAUGGUAACAGCGUGACCAGCCAGGAAGAGAGGCUUGAGGAAGAGGAGCUUGAGGACGAGUCAAUUUACACCUGCAAUAACUGCCAGCAGGAUUUCGAUUCCUUGGCCGAGCUGACGGAGCAUCGGACCCAGCACUGCCUCGGAGAUGGUGAUGACGACCCACAAUUCUCCUGGGUGGCUUCAUCUCCCUCCAGCAAAGACGUUGCAUCACCCACUCAGAUGCUAGGAGAUGGGUGUGAUCUCGGCAUAGGAGAAGAGGAAGGGGGAUCUGGGUUGCCGUAUCCCUGCCAGUUCUGUGAAAAGUCUUUUAGUCGUCUCAGCUACCUGAAAAGGCACGAGCAGAUCCACAGUGACAAACUUCCAUUCAAAUGCACAUACUGCAGCCGACUGUUUAAGCACAAGAGGAGUAGGGAUCGCCACAUUAAACUCCACACUGGGGACAAAAAGUAUCAUUGCCACGAAUGUGAGGCUGCAUUUUCUCGUAGUGAUCAUCUUAAAAUUCAUCUAAAAACACACAGUUCUAGCAAGCCUUUUAAAUGUACAGUGUGUAAGCGUGGAUUUUCUUCCACUAGCUCUCUGCAGAGUCACAUGCAAGCUCAUAAGAAAAACAAGGAGCAUUUGGCUAAAUCAGACAAGGACAUGAAGAAAGACGACUACAUGUGUGAUUAUUGUGAGGAGACAUUCAGCCAGACCGAGGAGCUGGAGAAGCAUGUGAUGAAGCGACAUCCCCAGCUUUCAGAGAAAGCAGACCUGCAGUGUAUCCAUUGCCCUGAAGUAUUUUCGGAUGAAUCUUCUCUGCUGAACCACAUUGACCAAGUCCAUGCCAACAAGAAGCACAAGUGUCCAAUGUGCCCAGAGCAGUUUUCUUCGGUGGAAGAUGUAUACUGCCACCUUGAUAGUCAUAGACAGCCUGAUUCAAGCAAUCAUAGCAUUAGUCCAGAUCCAGUCUUGGGAAGUGUGGCUUCGAUGAGUAGUGCCACACCAGACUCCAGUGCAUCAAUUGAACGUAGUUCAACUCCUGACUCAACGCUUAAGCCACUUAGAGCACAUAAGAAAACCUUAUUAGAAAGAGAGGAGAGCCAGAGUUGGUCCAAGGUUAGUUACAGCUGCCCUUACUGUACAAAAAGAGAUUUCAACAGUUUGGCUGUCUUGGAGAUCCACUUAAAAACUAUUCAUGUGGACAAACCCCAACAAAGCCACACCUGUCAAAUCUGUUUGGAUUCUUUGCCCACCCUGUAUAACCUUAAUGAGCAUGUUAGAAAGGUUCACAAAAACCAUGCCUACCCUAUGGUACAGUUUAGCAACAUAACUGCCUUUCAUUGCAACUAUUGUCCUGAAAUGUUUGCUGACAUUAACAGCCUUCAAGAACACAUUCGCAUCACUCACUGUGGACCCAACACUACUCCUCAAGAAGGCAACAAUGCUUUCUUCUGUAACCAGUGUUCUAUGGGAUUUCUUACUGAGUCCUCACUGACUGAUCAUAUUCAGCAAACCCAUUGCAAUGUUGGAAGCUCAAAGCUUGAAUCUCCUGUUAUUCAGCCAAGUCAGUCAUUCAUGGAAGUGUAUUCGUGCCCGUAUUGCACAAACUCUCCCAUAUUUGGUUCUGUAUUGAAGCUCACAAAGCAUAUAAAAGAAAACCACAAGAACAUUCCGUUGGCAAACAAUAAGAAAUCAAAAUCCGAGCAGAGUCCGGUUUCUUCAGAUGUUGAAGUUUCUUCCCCAAAGAGGCAGCGGCUGUGUCCUAGCCUAAACUCUGUGUCAAAUGGAGAGUAUCCUUGUAAUCAGUGUGACUUAAAGUUUUCCAAUUUCGAAACCUUUCAAACACAUUUGAAAUCACAUUUGGAGCUUCUUUUAAGAAAACAGUCCUGCCCUCAAUGCAAGGAGGACUUUGACUCCCAAGAGUCUCUCCUACAGCACCUCACAGUACACUACAUGACAACCUCCACACAUUACGUGUGCGAGAGCUGUGACAAGCAGUUCUCAUCUGUAGAUGAUCUGCAAAAGCACUUGCUGGACAUGCAUACUUUUGUGUUAUAUCACUGCACUCUUUGCCAAGAAGUCUUUGAUUCUAAGGUUUCCAUCCAAGUGCAUUUGGCAGUAAAGCAUAGUAAUGAGAAGAAAAUGUAUCGCUGUACAGCAUGUAACUGGGACUUCAGAAAAGAGGUGGACCUUCAGCUUCAUGUCAAGCACAGCCAUUUGGGCAACCCAGCAAAGUCACAUAAGUGUAUCUUCUGUGGUGAAACCUUCAGUACGGAAGUAGAGCUUCAGUGUCAUAUCACUACUCACAGUAAGAAAUACAAUUGCAAAUUUUGCAGCAAAGCAUUCCAUGCAAUCAUUCUCCUUGAAAAGCACCUGCGAGAGAAGCACUGUGUAUUUGACACUAGCGGCCAAAAUGGUACCGCUAAUGGUAUGGUACCAGCAGGCAAGAAGUCAGAGACUGCUGAGGUCCCAAGUGUGUUAAUGAAGAACCCAGAAAUUGCAAACAGCCACGAGGCCAGUGAAGAGGAUAUUGAUGCUUCUGAGCCAAUGUAUGGCUGUGAUAUCUGUGGAGCAGCUUACACAAUGGAAGGUCUCCUACAGAACCAUCGAUUAAGAGAUCAUAAUAUCAGACCAGGAGAAGAUGAAUGUUCUAGGAAGAAAGCAGAAUUUAUCAAAGGCAGCCACAAGUGUAAUAUUUGCGCAAGAACGUUUUUUUCGGAAAAUGGACUUAGAGAACACAUGCAGACACACAGGGGUCCUGCAAAACACUACAUGUGCCCUAUCUGUGGGGAACGGUUCCCAUCUUUGCUAACACUAACUGAACACAAAGUUACUCAUAGCAAAAGUUUAGAUACAGGAACAUGCAGAAUCUGUAAACUGCCCCUUCAAAGUGAAGAAGAAUUUAUUGAACAUUGCCAGAUGCACCCAGACCUUCGGAAUUCCCUGACUGGUUUCCGUUGUGUUGUCUGUAUGCAGACUGUCACAUCCACUCUGGAACUUAAAAUUCAUGGAACAUUCCAUAUGCAAAAGUUGGCAGGAAACUCUGCUGCCUCCUCUCCUAAUGGACAAGUACUACAGAAGAUUUACAAAUGUGCCCUAUGCUUGAAAGAAUUCAGAAACAAGCAGGAUCUGGUAAAGUUAGAUGUUAAUGGCUUACCGUAUGGUCUAUGUGCUGGAUGCUUAAGCAGAACCACUAAUGGACAACCCUCCAACCAACCCCCACAAGAAGUCUGUGAGAGGCUGUGUCUGAGAUGCCCAGAGUGCAGUGUCAAGUUUGAGAGUGCUGAAGAUCUGGAAAGUCAUAUCCAGAUUGAUCACAGAGACUUGACACAUGAUGUUAAUGGUCAGAGAAAAGUAGCCCAAACUUCUCCACUCCCAAGAAAGAAGACUUAUCAAUGCAUCAAGUGCCAGAUGACCUUUGAGAAUGAAAGAGAAAUUCAGAUUCACGUUGCCAACCACAUGAUAGAGGAAGGAAUCAAUCACGAGUGCAAGCUGUGCAACCAGAUGUUUGACUCUCCGGCAAAGCUUCUGUGUCACCUGAUUGAACACAGCUUUGAAGGAAUGGGAGGAACAUUCAAAUGCCCUGUUUGUUUUACAGUUUUUGUACAGGCAAAUAAGCUACAGCAGCAUAUAUUUGCAGUUCAUGGGCAAGAGGAUAAAAUCUACGAUUGUUCCCAAUGCCCGCAGAAGUUCUUCUUUCAGACAGAGCUUCAGAACCACACGUUGAGCCAGCACACACAGUGAGCCGGUGGCACUACAGGACUCCUCUCCGCAGAAGACUUGACGGAGGCACAGUGGGAUAAACCAUUUGAACAUUACAUCCAAUCAAAGUGUCAUUUGCAACCCAGAUGUAAAACUCUAAUGAUUUGGCCAUGAGGCGCUGCUAUUAUAAGCAGCUGGAAAUGAAUAUUAAUGGGAGAGAUUAAAAGUAUUUCAUGCUCAGUAUUUUAUUGUCCUGCUUCUUACUAGUGUUCUUUAGAGCUUCUGACUGAAUUUAUAGUGUUAGAAUAAUCAGUUCCAAUGAUGUUGUCUUUUGUUGCUUAUUGUAUUAUAUUGAUAGUUCAGAGCUUGAAGUGUUAUUUUUUAAUUUUUUUUCAUUUUGCAUUAUUUACUGGCUAUAUUUUUUUCUUGUGUGUUUUUUGUGAUGUGAUGGAUUGACAGCUGUCUACUCCAUUUUAUUCUUUUUUUUGUUUUGUUCUUUUUGUUUUUUUACUUAAAUAAGAGAACUAAUGCUUUUGAUUGGAUUUGUCAGUUCACAGAGGAAAGUUUAAUGAAUAUAGUCAGCAACUGGACGGUCUACUUUUUAAAUGUGACUUUAUCUGAUUUGCAAUGACUAAAGUACAGUUCAAUAAAGGAGAUUAUGUUUAAAACAAA